UCAUCACAUGUGUGACACCGACAGAUUUUAAAUGCGGCUCUUCCCUAACAAUAGACGUUGUACUUUAGUUUUAUACCUUCCUGGCUCUACCAUCUUACUUUUAACUGUCAGUGAUAACCAGUCACAAUAUGCUGUUAGGUAUUGUCGUGGUGUAUUUAUUGGUUCAGGAGAGUGUAGCCUGUUGGAGCACAACUGACUGCCUUCCUUGCCAAAACACAACGGUAAGUGAGCCCACACUGACUCAGCAACAGACAGAUGCGCUGUUCAAGCUCUCUCAGGAACUGGAUUUAUUGUCAUAUCAAGAGCUGCAGGAAAGAGUUUAUAAUACAACUGAGUCGCCGAUAGACCUUUCAGAUGAACAGAUGAUGGAGCUGUUUAAUUAUUUUCAUGGUCUUUUUAAGAAAAGGGAAGAGCAAAAUUCUACUGUUAUUGCUAUUGAUGAAAAAAA